GAUGAUGCAGCUGACUACGAUACACGCGCACCGUAUACCACAACAGCAACGAGGCUCGAUGGUAGGAUCAGUCAGAUGGUGCGCAAGCCUCCUCGCAAUGGUACGACGCAAAGCCUUCAGGCUCCCGUGUGCCGCGUUUGUCUGCUCAUCACAGCC